AUGAAAAGAACGCGCCGGAAAACGUCGUUGAAGGAUGAAACGAAAGGCAGUCGCCUGCUGUCGCUCCCGGACGACCUCCUUCUGCUGCUUCUCGCCCGCCUGAACCACCCCUGCGAUUGCUGCAGCGUCGCUCUCUCCUGCUCCCGCCUCCACCGCCUUUCCCGCCGUACGCCCCACUCGCUCAACUUCUUCUUCGUCUCUCCUUUCCAGUAUCGCAAUGUGCGCAGCUUUCUCAAAGCUUUCGACGAUUUUUCAAGGGUAUUUACCCACAUCAUCUCACUGAGCGUGGAGGUUUGCUCGAUCCGGGGAAGUGAGCUGCUGGCGAAGGUCGGUGCGAGCUGCCCGAAACUGGAAAGGUUGAAGCUGGUGGCGAAAUGGGGGGACUUCCACAUGAAGGCUGCUGCGUGGACCAAGCUCGCCAAGCAAUGCCCCCUCGUGGCAUCGCUGGAGCUCGACUCGCCGUUCGUCCGGCGCCCCAUCAUCUACCCACAUUCCACUGGCACCCCCCUCCCUCCCAUCCACUCCUUCGCUCUCCUCAUCACUGCCUCGAAACUAAACCCCCUCACUUGUUGCUCCUCCCUCACCUCCCUCACACUCUGGAACCCCCUUCCCUCCACCCUCUCCUCCCUCGCCUCCUCCUCCUCCUCCUCCUCCUCUGUCCGCGCCUCCCUCAAGUCCCUCACCCUGCACUCCGCCAAGCUCCAGUCCUGCCUCGCACCCCUCGCGUCCUUCCCUCACCUCGCCUCUCUCGCCUUCCUCGCCUGCACCAUCGACCCUUUCGACCUGCACGCCCUCGCUUGCUCCCUCCACACGCUCACCCACCUCACUAUUCACGACUGCCCCUUGGUCUCCAGCCACGCCCUCGCAGCGCUGGUUGAAGCCAACCCGGCUCUCGCCUCUCUCGCCCUCCACGGCACCACCAACCACCUCUUCAGCGCCCCGCCCUUCCGCUCUCUCCUCCUCCUCUCCUCGCCCCGCCUGCACACGCUCGACCUCUCAGGGCUGCCGUCCUUCCGCCCUGGCAUGCUGGCCCCCUGCAGUGGCCUGCACUCCCUUGCGCUGACAGGAAUGCCCGAGGAACUUGCAGCGCCGGGUGGGGGGGAUGCUGAGAGUCGGAGUGGAGAAGGAAGGGGAGGAGGAGAGAGGGAAGGAGAAGGGGAAGGGGGAGGGACCAUGAUGCAUCAACACGUGUCAUUUGAGAGUUUCGUGGGCCUGCUGGUGCGCGUGGUGCAGAGGGGAGGAGAGGGAGGGGAGGCUGGAUGGGACGUAGAAAGGGAUGGAGGGGUGGUUGGGGAGGCGGGUAGAUGGGAGGAGUGUGAAGCAGAAGAGGUUGGCAGGGGGAAGGGAGCGAGUGAAGCUACAAUGACUGCUGAUGCCGCACUAGCAAGAGUAGGAGCAGCAGGGCCUGCGGCAGAAGCACGAGCAGUUAACCCUCGAAGUGGAGAAAGGCGAGUACAUGUGGACGUUCGAACGGCGGCAGCAGCAGCCCGAGCGGACCUGAUAGAGUCAAGUGGAGACGUGGUCGCUCUCUUGGAUAUGGCCCAGGAUUGCCACACAACCGUGCCUUGUGCUGCUCACUGGGCUCGCCUGGCACGGGCACAGCGCCAAGAUGCCCUGUCGGAGAUCAAAUACGCCACUGGGAAGAUCAGGGCGGGCAUCUCAACGUGGCGGGCGCUGCGAGUGGCAGCGUCGCAGAAAAUCGCUGCGACAGAGCGGGAGGAUGCACUGAGUGAGGCGUUUGCUGCUGCCACGACUGCGGGCGUGCUUGUUGACACGUGGAGCAGGGUAGGCGAGGGCGAAGGGGGGUCGGUUCGUUUGGAGGACUUUGAUGGGAUGGUGCUGGACCAUGACUUUGAUGGGAUGGUGCUGGACCAUGACUUGCCUGCCGACGGUGCUGAUGGGGCUGAAGGGAGUGAGGAUGAGGGUGAGAUUGGGGGGUUUGCUGCUGGGGUUGACACGCAGGCGCAUGCGCUGGGUGUGAUGGAGUCGCUGCUGCAACAGUUUUACGAGCAGGGCAAUGCGGCGACAGAGAGCCUCAGGACCAUGCGCAUGCCUCGUGCAACUGCUGAUGCUGCCGCUGAUGCUGCUGAUGCGGCUGGUGGUGCUGCUGAUGUUGGUGAUGCUGGUACUGCGGGUUUUGCCGCUGCUGCUGCUGCUGGUGCGAGUGCUGCGGCCACAGAAGCAGCACCAGCAGAUGGAGCAGCAGUAAUCGGGGAUGCAGCCGCAAUAGCGGAGCAAAGGAGAGGAGGAAUAUCACAGCCACAAGAAAGAGGGAUGCAAGGGGAGGUAAUGCAAGGGGAGCUAAUGCAAGGGGAGCUAAUGCAAGGGGAGCUAAUGCAAGGGGAGGUAAUGCAAGGGGAGGUAAUGCAAGGGGAGCUAAUGCAAAGGGAGGUAAUGCAAGGGGAGCUAAUGCAAGGGGAGCUAAUGCAAGGGGAGCUAAUGCAAGGGGAGCUAAUGCAAGGGGAGCUAAUGCAAGGGGAGCUAAUGCAAGGGGAGCUAAUGCAAGGGGAGCUAAUGCAAGGGGAGCUAAUGCAAGGGGAGGUAAUGCAAGGGGAGCUAAUGCAAGGGGAGGUAAUGCAAGGGGAGGUAAUGCAAGGGGAGCUAAUGCAAAGGGAGGUAAUGCAAGGGGAGCUAAUGCAAGGGGAGCUAAUGCAAGGGGAGCUAAUGCAAGGGGAGCUAAUGCAAGGGGAGCUAAUGCAAGGGGAGCUAAUGCAAGGGGAGCUAAUGCAAGGGGAGCUAAUGCAAGGGGAGCUAAUGCAAGGGGAGGUAAUGCAAGGGGAGCUAAUGCAAGGGGAGGUAAUGCAAGGGGAGCUAAUGCAAGGGGAGCUAAUGCAAGGGGAGCUAAUGCAAGGGGAGGUAAUGCAAGGGGAGCUAAUGCAAGGGGAGCUAAUGCAAGGGGAGCUAAUGCAAGGGGAGGUAAUGCAAGGGGAGGUAAUGCAAGGGGAGCUAAUGCAAAGGGAGGUAAUGCAAGGGGAGCUAAUGCAAGGGGAGCUAAUGCAAGGGGAGCUAAUGCAAGGGGAGCUAAUGCAAGGGGAGCUAAUGCAAGGGGAGCUAAUGCAAGGGGAGCUAAUGCAAGGGGAGCUAAUGCAAGGGGAGCUAAUGCAAGGGGAGCUAAUGCAAGGGGAGGUAAUGCAAGGGGAGCUAAUGCAAGGGGAGGUAAUGCAAGGGGAGCUAAUGCAAGGGGAGCUAAUGCAAGGGGAGCUAAUGCAAGGGGAGGUAAUGCAAGGGGAGCUAAUGCAAGGGGAGGUAAUGCAAGGGGAGGUAAUGCAAGGGGAGGUAAUGCAAGGGGAGGUAAUGCAAGGGGAGGUAAUGCAAGGGGAGGUAAUGCAAGGGGAGGUAAUGCAAGGGGAGGUAAUGCAAGGGGAGGUAAUGCAAGGGGAGGUAAUGCAAGGGGAGGUAAUGCAAGGGGAGGUAAUGCAAGGGGAGGUAAUGCAAGGGGAGGUAAUGCAAGGGGAGGUAAUGCAAGGGGAGGUAAUGCAAGGGGAGGUAAUGCAAGGGGAGGUAAUGCAAGGGGAGGUAAUGCAAGGGGAGGUAAUGCAAGGGGAGGUAAUGCAAGGGGAGGUAAUGCAAGGGGAGGUAAUGCAAGGGGAGGUAAUGCAAGGGAAUAAAGACUCAAGGGAGGGAGGACAGUGA